AUUGACCUUGUUGCCAAGACGCAUGUUAUAAGUAUCUUGAUUUUUAUGUUGGUAUCACGGUUUUGUGGAGGGAGCAGCAAUAGUUGGAUUUGAAUCCGUCGACGUGAAGUGUUUUAUCAGUGAGCAACAUUCAACGACCGUGAAAGAUCAAACAUUGUUUCUGAAUUCAAUAAAAUGAUUGUAGAAGAUGACAAUUUUGUAAUCAGUGGUCCUACACCGACUGUUCCUAUACCGGAAGGAUUGCUAGGAAACUUUAUGUAUCAUAGUUUGUUAGAAAAUGAUAAUGAAUUCGAUUGUAUGGUUGAUGCUUUCACUGGAGAAACUCGUUCGUAUGAAAAUGUAUUGAAAGAUACCUGCACGCUUGCUCAAGCAUUACAUAAUUUUGGUGUCCGUCCCAAUACUAUAGUUUCCAUAAGUAGUGAAAACAGCUUGAGAUUUUGCGAUGGUCUUAUAGCUUCUUUAUAUUUGGGAGCUACAGUAGCACCAAUAAAUCAUUUAUACACUGAAAACGAAUUAACGUAUAUUCUCAACUUGUAUCAACCGAAAAUUAUAUUUUGUUCCAGAUUAACUGUAGGAAAAUAUUUAGAUAUGAAAAAGAAACUCAAAUUUAUAGAAAAAAUUUUACUCAUUGAAGAUGAUGAAUCCUCUGGUACUGAAAGUAUACGUUCGUUUAUUCAAAGCAACUUGGGAUCUCUUCAUAUUGAUCCUAAAAAUUUCCGACCUUUCAAUGAAGCGGAUCCAAUAGAUCAUGUAGCACUAGUGAUGAGUUCAUCAGGUACGACUGGUCUCGCUAAAGGUGUGAUGCUUACAGAUAGAAAUAUUUUAGUCCGGAUAUCUCAAAGUAGAGAACCAUUAUAUACCACAGGACCCACCAAUGGAAAAUAUUCAUUGGGAUUAAUGCCGUUCUUCCACGGGUUUGGACUAAAUUUGUUGAUAGCCGCUAUAUUGAAUAAAGACACACUGGUAGUAUUCAAACAAUUUGACGAAGAUGUAUUUUUGAAAGCAAUACAAGACUAUAAGAUAUCAAGUAUUGCUGUAGCUCCACCAUUAGCUGUAUUUUUAGCUAAAAGUCCAAAAGUUGAUAAAUAUGACUUGCAUUGUAUUGAAGAAGUCAUAUGUGGAGCAGCUCCUUUAUCUAAAGAAACAGAAAAUGUGCUCCAAAAAAGACUCAAUCUACAGAUGAUUCGACAAGGUUAUGGUUUAACGGAAGCCAAUUUAGCCGUAAUUCUUGUUGGGAAAAAUAAGAAUAAACCCAGAAAACCUGGUUCAAGUGGAACUGUAAUAACUUAUAUGACUGUAAAAGUUCGUGAUCCUGAAACUGGGAGAUCUUUGGGACCAAAUAAAUUGGGAGAAAUUUGUAUUAAAGGUCCGUUGAUAAUGAAAGGAUAUAUACGAAACCCUCAGGCUACAAGAGAUACUUUUACAUCGGAUGGGUGGCUAAAAACUGGUGACUUGGGAUAUUAUGACAAUGAUAAAGAUUUUUUUAUUGUGGACAGACUCAAGGAAUUGAUCAAAUAUAAAGGAUUCCAGGUAGCACCAGCUGAACUUGAAGCUAUACUAUUGAAUCAUCCGAAAGUUCUGGAUGUUGGAGUUGUAGGAGCUCCCGAUGAAUUAGCUGGUGAACUGCCGUUAGCUUUUGUUGUAAAAAAACCUGGGGUUGAUGUAACCGAAAAAGAGCUAGUUGAAUAUGUCGAAGGAAAAGUCUCCCCGCAUAAAAGACUGAGAGGAGGAGUUCAUUUCAUCAGUGCUAUUCCGAAAAAUCCAAGUGGAAAGAUUUUGAGACGAACGUUAAGAACACUAAUCACGACAACUAACGUUAAAUUGGGGUCAAAGUUAUAAAUAAUUUGUUAUCCAAUGAUUGUUGUUAUUCAAUUUGAAUGUUAAUCACUAUUCUAUGUGAAAUUUAUAUUAUUUGUUAUAAAUAAAGUUUAUCGGUAAAAUAUAAA